GGGGAGGGGGGGGGGUGUUGGGGUUAGUGAAGCGCAUGCGCGGCGGCCGCGCCGCGUCGGAGGGAGGGGAGGUAGCCGCACGCUGGUCCCGGGGUUGAAAAGAAACACCGACCAGGAUUAGAAAAGUUUGCGAUCGGGGGCGGCUGAGAAGAGGGCGGCUGAGAAAAUGUCCGGCCGGUCGGUGAGAGCGGAGACCCGCAGCAGGGCCAAGGAUGACAUCAAAAAGGUCAUGGCGGCGAUCGAGAAAGUGCGCAAAUGGGAGAAGAAAUGGGUGACAGUAGGAGACACAUCGCUCCGGAUAUUUAAGUGGGUCCCAGUGACCGACCCCAAAGAGGACAAAUCCAAAUCAAAGAAUAAUCUUGAAUCAAAAGGUACAAAGGGAGACAAAGGAUUUCCCCAGUUGCCAGUGUCUGACAACAGCUCAUCACCCAUCCUGCUGGAAAUGAAUGAUGAGAAUAGUAACCAGAGCUCGCUGUCAGAUGCCUACCAGGUAAAAGUGGACAGCAGCACCAGCCCCAGCCCCAGUCCUGAGCAGAGUGAGCCUGUCAGCCCGGCGAUUCUGUCUGACUUCAAAGCAGAUGAUUCCCAGCCCCCCAUGCUGGGACAGGAGAGUAUGGAAGAACCUUCCCUUCCUUCCUCAGAAGUAGGAGAUGACCCACCAAUGCUCACAAAGGAGGAGCCGGUGCCCCAGCAGCCUCAGGUUGUGGAAGAAGAUGAUGAAUGUUCUGGAGCACCUCCACUGAAGAGGAUUUGCACCGGACAGAACUCAGUGGUCCAGCCUGUAACUGAGAGUUAGCCCAGCGGUAUUCAUCCUCACCGCUCUGUCAAGCUGGCUCAUGUUUGGUUCCCUCUGACUUACCGUCAAGUGACUGACGCAUGGAAGAAUGAUAUUUAUUUUGUAGUUUGGAUUAGCUUGUGAUGGAAAAGAUUAGGAAUUUUGGCGUAGAACCAUUGAAUUUCUGUAAUGUGGGAUUGUGUCCUUUUGUAACUCAAGGGGUUGGGUUUAAAACAUGGCCCCAGUGGGCCUCUUAUUUGACACUGAAGUGCCUCCAGUUCUAGCGAGCUGACCGAGAUGUGUUUGUGCUGAAGAACGGCUUUGGACUUCACCCAUGAAUGCAUAGUGUUUGUCGUCAACUCCUAGCCAUACAUUUAAUGUAAAAUUAGGCAUUGUUGCCUUCAGCCAAGAUUGGCACAAUCAGUGGCCCAAAGUAAGGUGCACUUAGGACACCUUGUACCUCAUCAGAAUUUUUUUUUGUGUGUUUUCCUUUUCAGGAGCUCUCAAUUGUAAUAAAUACUCCUGAAAUAAACACUAAACUUUGUGGGUGAGGGGCAACUUUACGUUUACACCCAUGACUUUACCCUGGGAUUGUGGACCGCAUGAAGAGUGUGUCAGUCUCUCCAAGACUGUGGUAGCACACUCAAAGCAGCACGUUGAAAGGAUUAAGUCAUCCUGUCAGACCUUUAGGUUUCUUCCCAGACCCACGCACUGUGGAUUUGGAAACAAAAAUGAAGUCAAACAUGUGGUUCCAGUCAGUGAGUUAUGAAUUGAAAGCCUCAUAGCACAUAACAGAUGCUGCAAUUGCUUUGUGGAGAAGCAAUGCAGUAUUUGUUCAGAAAGGCUGUGUUUAAUCAUCACAAUUAUGCUGUCAGUAAAUCUACAUUGGGGUUUAUAAAGGGGAUUGGUUAACUGAUUGGACAAUUUACCAACGUGAAGGUUUAUCAGCAGUUAGUACUCUCCGCUGAGGAUAGCUAAUUCAGGUGCUGAUUCUCUGAUUUAGUUUCUGUGCCCUCACCCCAUGUUAGGAGAUCUUAUUUGGCUCCUUUGGCCGAUAAUAAGAUAAUAUUCUGUGUGAAAUCAACAGGAUUGAAGCUAUGCACAUUGAGGCAUACCUUCCCUAACAGAAGUUUCUCUCAGUUAGUGCCUCUUCUUCGUAAGCAGUACCUAUUCUGUCUGACGUGAAAACUAAGUCUUGCCUUGCUCCACAUACAACCAUUCACUCUGGGUUCAGUAGUUAAUUGAAACUGGCUAGUUGGUGCCAAUAAAACUCUUCCUAGGUGGUUUGUUAACCAAGUUUCCACAGAGGGGAAUUUUAAAUGGUUAGAAAUGCAAAAUAAUGUAAUGAAACAUAGAAAUCCUUUACAGUUUAUGAAAAACUACAGCUUUCAAUAUCCAUUUUACAAUUGGCUUUUUCUGCCCUCCUACACGUUUUCCCUCCUCAGGGGGAGGUAUCUCACUGCAUCUUGCUGUAGACUCUAGAUUUUAAACCACUGGGUCCUUUGGUUAGGUUUCUGAGAGCUGAGAAGUCAUAAUAUUAAUAAUAAUAAUAAUAGGGGAAUAAAAAUCUUAUCCCUACAGAACUUUCAAUGGAAGUGAAGCCAGGAAUAUGUGAAAACAUUUCCGAUUGUAUUUUCUAAAGAAAAUGCAGAAGAGAUAUAUUUUUGAAUACAAAAGAGCUGAACAGAAGUUGAAUAUUCAGUUUGAAGUUUAAUAUUUUUCUUUCUGAUUGCACUUCCUGCGCGCUUUUGAAGAUUACUAGUUGUGUUUGCCAAUUUUCUCCCCUCCUCCUCUCCUGUAGGGGUGUUGAUUCCUACCGGGGUACGAUUCCACAGACACAUGACACUGGGUAUAUCAGCCAAGUGUCCGUUCAUUGUGUGUGAGUGAUGACGGGCUGUUUCUGUGGAGGGCAUUACAGCCAAGUUCAAUCUUGUCCUUGCCCAAUGUCCAGCCAUGGUCAGUCUGGGAAUUGAACCUGUGACCUGGCCUGUGUAGUGGUUUCUUUACCACCAAUUCCAUUGGGGAGAAGGUUGUUUAGUUAUGUUCUUUAUGGCCUAAAGCAUUACAUAGGGAGUGAGUGUGUUGUGUACACACAGGAUUGUGCAAUGCUAAUCGAGCCCAGCUGUAGUUUUAAUGCAUGUUUCAAAUCAAGCUCAUACCUGUCUGUCCAUGGUAAGCCUUGGCACCAAGCUAUUGGUGUGGCAGUGGACCUCAUGGCCUUGCAAGUCUGAUGCAUUCUUUGGAUUGAUCAUUUGAAAGCUUUACCAUUAAUCUUAGUUCAUUUCAAACAGAACUGAAAAUGUAUGCAGGUGAAUAAUGUAUGUGUGUGUGUGAGGGGCCAUUUGAAGCUGUGACUGUCCAUUAGAGCAGUGAGUUCAGUCAGUCAAUGAGCUGCAUGUACACUAGUUGUUCUGUCUGUAUGCUUAGAAGCCGAUAUUAAAUAAAUCACACGUGUGAAAUAUCUUGAGGAUUUAAAUUUUUAAAAUGUGAGCUCGCCCCAACCUUUUUAUUUACAUUUAUUAAGAACAUUUAUAUACGCGCUUAAUAGAACCAAGCAUAUAUUUGUAAAUAGUGACUCCUUCCUUUUAUGUUCUAAGUAAAACAUCUCUAGUCAGUGAAAAGCAAACACAAAGUUCCUACCAUAGCCUCUUUGACAUUGUAAAUGUUGCGUGUAGGAACAGGACCAUUUAGCGACUGUACAAAUAGAGUGUGCUUUCCCGUGAUCAGUUCCAUUUCACGACUACAUUCUGAACAAUGGUUUCUUUCCAGACAAAUUUUACUAGAUUUUUAAUUCUGCUUUUUGAUUUAAGUUGCUCUUCCUAUUUUUUACUUCUUGUUAAGUAAGCAUUUUAAAAGGUGACUCCGAUCUUAAUGUCUGCUUUUUAAUGUACCUGCUUUUUAAUGUACCCAAAGUAUUGUAGUUACAAGUGCACUUUUUAUUUGGGGGAGAAAGUACUUAGUAAAGUGUUCUUUUCUGACGAUUGCUGAAACACACCAGAGCGAGCUCUGACCCAGUCCCUAUAAUAUUACGGUAUUAGCUGAACAAAGCUGCCUCCUGAUUAUAUCCGCUGCUGAGGCGAGGAGUGGGCAAUGGGAAGUUUCAAGUCACUGGUACGUGUCUCAAAAUGUAACUUGAUUUGAUUGAAGCUGAAAAUCAUAAUGUCGAAAAAUAUUUUUUUAUUACCUCAGAGGCUGGACAGAUGCCUUUCUUACUGUAAAAACUGACUUGUUUGGAAGGAUUGUUCUUGUGCAAAUAAUCGAAAUAAACUGUUGCGACGAAGAAA